AUGGAUAUCAGCUCUCUCCUCUCCCCCUCCGAGGACUCCUCCCCCCCCGCCACAAAUGUCAACUCGUCGUCGGCAUCCCCGCGCCCUUCACGCCCAUCCUACCUCGACGCUUCUUCUUCUUCAAACACAAACCCCCCAUCAUCAUCAUCGACGUCGUCAGUAGCAACGCCAACAGGCCUCUCGGCGCCGCCGCCGCCGCACCACACAAACUCCCGAGGCUCCCCCGCGAGAAGAACGGGCGUCGCCCACUUCAUCGCCCGCAUCCCCUCCUCCGCGCCGCCCCACCACCACCACCACCACCACCACCACCACCACAUCCCAUCCCCCGACACAAACACCGCAAUGGACGAGGACCCCCCAGCCGCCGCCAUGGACGUCCGUAUGGAGGGCGACGACCGCGACAGCGGGCCCGACGACGACGGGCUAAUGGCGUUAGACGACGAGGGCGAGAACGCAACGCCGGCGGCCGCAGUAGAGCCGCUGUCGGAGGCCGACUACCAGCGGAUCCCGGCGCUGCUCGAAUUCAUCACCGAUAGGCCGUACCAGUACGAGUCCCACGUCGAGUACAUUGGGCUGCUGCACCGCGGGUUUCUCGCGCACCAGCAGGCUGGGAGUGAGGGCCCGUAUCCGUUCCUGGAGGACCUGCGCAAGGGCCGGCAGGAGAUGCUGGAGCGCUUCCCACUCAAGGAGUCCAUGUGGCUGGAGUGGAUUGCGGACGAGUCGUCGAUUGCGAGGAGCGCGGAGGAGGUGAUGGUUGUGAUGGAGCUGUGCGCGAGGGCCGUGGAGGAGGAGAAUGCGAGCGUGGCGCUGUGGAGGACGUAUGCGCAGUUCUUGGAGGUGCAGUAUUCGGAGACGAGGAAGAAGAGGAGGACCGGGUUUGCGAACCAGGCGGAGGAGGUCAUAAGGGAUCUUUUUACGAUGGAGUUGGUCAUGGAGACUUAUAAGUUGGGGGCUCAGGCUACGAUGCAUGUCAUCUCGGGUAGCAAUUUGAUAUGGGAUAGAUACCGCGAUCUUCUCAUGAAGGAUCUUGAGGCUGACCCAAGUUCUACAAAACUAGAGUACAUUCGAAGCCUCUACCAAGCCCGUCUCCAGGUCCCCCACGCAACGAUCAGCGACACCUUCAGCGCCUUUAGCAGCUUCACAACCCGCUACAACAACGCAAACUACGAGUCCAUCAUGGUCUCCACCAACAAGAUCUACGCCGCCGCGCUCGAAAAGUACUCGCAGCGCGAGAUGUUUGAGCUGCGCCUGAAGCGCGAGCGGGACAACAUUGCGGAGGAGUGGAACAUCUGGGAAGAGUACCUCAAGUGGGAGACGAGCCAGCCCAACAAGAAGCUGGACCACGAGAUGGCGUGCACGCUGUACGAGCGCUGCCUGCUGCGCUUUGGCGACCAGGCGAGGGUCUGGGAGGCGUAUGUCUUCUUUGUGCUGGAGAAGGUUAACACGAGCUCACGCACCAUCUCGGUGCUCACGCGGGCGACGAGGCAUUGUCCGUGGUCAGGGACGCUGUGGGCGCAGUACAUCAUUGCGCUGGAGAAGGGCGCGCAGCCGUUCGAUGUUGUGUCGGACGUGAAGCACAGGGCGACAAAGACCGGGAUGCUGGACCUCGGGGGCCUCGAGGAGGUGCUCAAGGUCAACAUUGCCUGGUGCGGGUUCUUGAAGCGCCGCGCGUUCGAGCAGGACGCGAGCGAGGAUGAUUUUGAUAUGGCGGAAAUGGGCAUCUCGGAGGCGGUGACGGAGACCGGGAAGGAGGACCCGGAGUACCGCUUGCAGCGCAUCCAUAUCAACUUUUGCACGCUGGCGAAUAAGCUCCAAGGCGCGAGGAGCAUAUGGACGGAGCUCGCGGGCCCGCAGGCGAAUUCGUAUGAGUUCUGGCUGCGAUACUAUCAGUGGGAGCUGACGCAUGGGGAGAAGGAGACUGCAGGGGAUGUGCUGAAGCAGGCGCUUAGGGUCAAGACGAUUGAUUGGCCGGAGAAGAUCUUGGAGACGUACAGGAACCAUGUAGAGGACUACGGAAACGUGCAAGACGUUGAAUGGGCUACUAUACGAUACAGGAAACUGUCCAUGGACAUCCAGGAGAGACGGGCUAGGGAAGCACAAGAAGCAGCGGCCUAUCAACAAGUGCAGUAUCAAGAGCAGCAACAGCAGCAAGAGCAGGAAGCUGAUGCGGCACAACCCGAGGAAGAAGCCCGGGGGACAUUGAAGCGGCGGAGAAGUAUUCUCGAGGCUGAUGACGCCCAGCAAAGCAAGAAGCCCAAACCGGAAGUCUUCAUCAAGGACAUGCCACUUGCGCCUGCGCUCCCAUCCGCAGCGUCUGUGGCUAAACGUGACCGCGAGAACACCACAGUCAUUGUGAAAAACUUGCCGGCGGGGUAUCCGGAAGUGAAAGUGCGGCAGUUUUUUAGAGAGUGUGGUACGAUCAAUAGUAUCAACAUAAUUACCGAGAAGGAUGGACGGUCUGCAACCGCGACAGUCGAGUUUGAUACCAAGGAGGACGUUCUUGCAGCGCAGACAAAGGACGGGAAGAGUGUUGAGGGACGCGCGAUUGAGGUCCAGAUCGGGACAGGAUCGACGCUAUAUGUCACGAACUUCCCGCCCUCUGCUGACGAGGCCUAUAUAAGAGACUUAUUUAAGGGUAUUGGUGAGAUUGUUGAUGUACGCUUCCCGAGUCUGAAAUACAAUACCCAUCGACGCUUCUGCUACGUCCAGUUUGUGUCGUCCGAGCAGGCGCAGAAGGCGACGGAGUUGAAUGGGAAGCAGCUGGGUGAGAAGGAGACAUUGGUAGCGAAGAUAUCGGCGCCGAAUCAGAAGGUGUCGCGGUCGGGUGCAGUGCAUGAGGGCCGCGAGCUAUUUAUUCGGAACAUCGACUUUAAGGCCAAUGAGAAGGACCUCGAGGAGCUGUUUACGAGAUAUGGAAAGGUUGAGAAGGUCCGGAUGCCGCAGGGGCCCAGAAAAGGGUCGCAUAAGGGCUUUGGGUUUGUGUCUUAUGGCACUAGGGAACAAGCAGAUGAAGCCGUAGCUCUAAACGGAUUCCUGCUCAAGGGCCGCCCCCUCGAUGUCACCAUCGCCUCCGCCAACCCUGGUAAGCACAGACCCGGCAACGCAGUCGAGUCCUCCACCCGCGGGAGCACGCCCUGCAGUGAAGCAAACGGCGACCACAACAUGGACACACCCUCACCCGCCGCCGCCGCCGCCUCAGGGCCCGGCUCCCCCCCACCGUCAUUCGACGACAUCAAGAAAAAGACACUCGGCAUCAUGAACGUCGCCGACACCGUCAACGACUUCAAGAUCCGCGAGCUGUUUGAGAAGUUUGGGCCCCUCCGCAAGGUCACGCUCCGCCCGGACCACCAGGGCGCUAUCGUGGAAUACAACUCGGUGGCUGAUGCCGGUAAGGCGACGCUUGCGCUCGAUGGUAGUGAGCUCGCGGGGAGGAGAAUCAGUAUUGGGAGUCUGCCGGAUCUGAUGAAGCAGAAGCCGGAGGUGAAGAAGACGAAGGGUUUUGCACCGGCGGCGAAGAAAGAGGCGGAUGGUAAUAGUGGUAGUGGUAAGCCGGCGUUCUUCGCGGCGCCUACAAGUGUUAUCCGUGCGAGGCCGAAGGCGCCAGAUGGGAAGAGUGAGGGUGGAGGUGGGGACACGGAGAUGGGGGAUGGCGGGGACCCCGGGAAGCCGGCGAAGAGCAAUGCGGAUUUUAAGGCUAUGUUUUUAAGGAAGUGA